GGAAAAGCAACAGUGUUUUCAUGGUCAGAGCUGCGUAUAAUCGGAUAAGUAAAGCCGAAAGUCCUUUCCUGCGGUGUGUUGCGACUUACGUUGGCGUUGCUGUGAUCGACGGCGAACAUGGAAAUCCCUGCUCCCCCCGAAGAUCAGGAGCUGCGGAAUGUCAUUGACAAGCUGGCCCAGUUUGUCGCUCGGAACGGGCCGGAGUUUGAGAAGAUGACAAUGGAGAAACAAAAGGACAACCCCAAGUUUUCCUUUCUCUUCGGUGGCGAAUACUUCAGCUACUACAAGUGCAAGCUUUCUAUGGAACAACAGCAGCAUCCCUCUACCCACGAUGGUGAGGAGUAUAAAUCAGAAGAGCUAUACAACCCGGGAGCCAAGGAAGUGGUAGAUGUUCCUCCACCACUGUCUAUCAUUGCUCCUCCUCCGAUCCCGCCGCCGGCCACACCUUCCAUUGAGGAGCUCAUCCAGCAGAGCCAAUGGAAUCUCCAACAGCAGGAGCAGCACCUGCUUACUCUCAGACAGGAGCAAGUGACGGCUGCCAUAUCUCUGGCUAUGGAGCAGCAAACCCAGAAGCUACUUCUGGAAACUCAGCUGGACGUCUCAGAGUUUGAUAACCUGCUGCAGCCCAUCAUAGACACCUGCACUAAGGAUGCCAUCUCUGCUGGUAAGAACUGGAUGUUCAACAAUGCUAAGACACCACAGCACUGUGAGUUGAUGACAUCACAUCUGCGCAACCGCAUCACUGCUGACGGAGCGCACUUUGAGCUCCGCCUACAUCUUAUCUAUCUGACCAAUGAUGUGCUCCACCACUGCCAGCGGAAGCAGCAGAGAGACUUGCUAGCGGCGCUGCAGAAGGUGGUUGUGCCCAUCUACUGCACCAGCUUCCUGGCCGUGGAGGAAGACAAGCAGCAGAAGAUCACAAGGCUGUUGCAGCUCUGGGAGAAGAAUGGAUAUUUUGAUGAUAUCACCAUUCAACAGCUUCAGAACCCAGCUUUGGGCCUGGGUCAGUACCAGGCGUCCCUGAUAACGGAGUAUGCUGCAGUGGUGCAGCCAGUCCAGCUGGCGUUCCAACAGCAGAUCCAGGCUUUGAAGUCUCAGCACGAGGAGUUUGUUAGCAGCCUGAAGCAGCAGCAGCAGCAGACUGUUGCCGUAGCUGCAGUGCAGGCCGCCACCGUUGGGCAGCUGGCCACCGUUGGGCAGCUGGCCACCGUUGGGCAGCUGGCCACCGUUGGACAGCUGGCCACUGCCUCUGAGCCUGAAAAGGCCCCACCUAUGACCACACAGGCUGGUGACGUGAAGGCUUCCAUAUCGGGCCCUCCAGGGGAAUAUGAGGCCGCAUCAUCCAGGUCGCAAGACCCCAGCAACCCCAGUGGACCACCAGACAUCCCCUCCAGCAAGCCUGGCUGGUACGACCCCCAGCCUAUUGGCCCCUGGAACCCAAACCAGCCGCCUCCCUUUGACCCAAACCAGCCUCCCCCUCCCUGCCCUCCCUGGAAUAGUCAUGAGGGAAUGUGGAAUGACCAGAGGGACCCUGGGAACUGGAGUGGUGGCCCACCCAGAGAGGGAGGACCCUGGAGUGGACCAAGUGGGUCUGACCCUGGCCCCCCAGGCUGGAACUCCCAAUAUGACCAGCAGCCUCCAUGGGGGAACCAGCCUGAUCAGCCCCCACCUUGGGGCCAGAGGGAGCCCCCGUUCCCUCCACGUAUGCAGGCACGGGAAGACUGUCUGCGGCCCCCCCACUUCCGAGGGCCCUUCCCUCCCCACCAGCAGCCCCCUCCCUUCAACCAGCCUCCACCGCCACCCCAUGGCUUUGGCCGCUUCCCGCCACGCUUCAUGCAGGAUGAUUUCCCUCCAAGACACCACUUUGACAGGCCGCCAUACCCACCACACCACUUCGACUACGCCCAGGGAGAUUACCCAGGAGACAUGGGUCCUCCUCCACACCACCACCCCAACCAGAGGAUCCCUCCUCCAGGAAUAGGGACUGAGCAUCCCCCCUGGGGUGGAAACCAGCACCCAGACUUCGGCCCGCCACCCCACGGCUUCAAUGGCCAGUCACCCCACAUGCGUCAUCGGCAGCCCCCAGCCCACGAUGACCCCAGCCUGGUGCCCAACGUACCUUACUUUGACCUGCCAGCUGGCCUCAUGGCUCCACUGGUCAAACUGGAGGACUAUGACUACAAGCCAUUGGACCCCAAAGACAUCCGGUUGCCUCCUCCCAUGCCUCCCAGCGAUAGGCUGUUAGCUGCUGUUGAGGCUUUCUACAGUCCCCCUUCCCACGACAGGCCCCGCAACAGUGAGGGCUGGGAGCAGAAUGGCCUGUAUGAGUUCUUCAGAGCCAAGAUGAGAGCCAGGAGGAAAAAGGGACAGGAGAAACGCAACAGUGGGCGUGGAGGCAGCCGUUCCAGGAGUCGUUCUCGCAGCAGAGGGAGGUCCUCGUCUCCCUCAAGCUCUCGCUCCUCCAAGUCCUCUCGGUCGCGUUCCCGUUCCUCACGCUCCCGCAGCCACUCCCACUCCUACUCACGAUCCAGGUCUAGGAGUAGAUCGAGGUCAUCUCGGAGUCACUCUCGCUCCAGGUCCCGUUCUCGCUCUCAUUCGCCCACUAAGAGACGCCGCAGUGGCAAGUCCCGCAGCACUUCCCCUCCCACCACAUCAGGUCUGGGCACUGGUCCCACAAAGCUCCCUCCGGACUCCAGGCUAGGAGAGGAAAACAAGGGCCAUCAGUUACUCAUGAAGAUGGGCUGGAGUGGUUCUGGGGGCCUGGGGGCCAAAGAACAGGGUAUUCAGGACCCCAUCAAAGGAGGAGAUGUCAGGGACAAGUGGGACCAGUAUAAAGGAGUUGGGGUUUCACUAGAUGACCCCUACGAGAACUACCGCAGGAACAAGAGCUACAACUUUGUGGCCCGCAUGAAGGCACGGGAGGAAGUCAAUCGAGAACCUCAGGAGGCCCCUCCUACGGAGUGAUGUCAUCAAACUGUUGAACGUAUCAACCCAUUGCUCAAUAACAACUAGGAUCUAGCUCUCUUUUUCACUGUCAGUUUUAGAACAGAACGUCAGUUUUUUUUCCUGCUGUCUCAAGUACUUUCUCUUUCAUUAAACGCCUUUGUGAUUGGUUAUAGACCCACACCAGCAAACAAAUAAAACAUGUUGUUCUGUCUACAACUCAGCAGACUGCUUGGUGUGUAGAGCAAUCAUUUUAAUGAAACACAAACACGGGUUAAAACUUAAAGCAUCCUUGCUUAUUUUAUUGAAAACAUCUAUUUUUAUUUUUAUUUUUUUUCCCUCCCCCCCAUCAGCGCUGAACAAAAGCUCACCCAGACUUCCUUUAGUGUUCGGUCUUACUGAAGCUGAUUAACCGGGACUCUUGCCAACAUAUAAUUGAAAAGAAUAAAAUAAAAAUACUGAAUAAAGUAA